CCCCACGCUUGUCGGUCUCUUUGUGAGUCUGGACGUGCAAACCUCCUCAAAAUUGCAGCUGGCGCCGAGAACAAUCUCGUUUGCAACAGACAACAAGACACACCAUAAACACCUCUUGCGCUUUCGCAAUCACCACGCAGUGUAGCCCAAUACACCGACUUGCAAUGUCGCUCCCAAUUAUUGCCCGGAAUACGGCCCUCAAGGCUCCCAAGAGUCUUCUGACUCCUGCGGCUGCUUCCAUCCACAGCACUGCUGUUGCCCAGCUUGCUACACCCACCGCCGAGCCAAUUCAGGUGAAGAAGCCUUUGUUGAAGACGUUCAAGAUUUACCGCUGGUCUCCCGACCAACCAGCCGAGAAGCCUCGCCUGCAGAAAUACGAUGUCGACCUUAACCAAUGCGGACCUAUGGUUCUGGACGCCUUGAUCAAAAUCAAGAACGAGGUGGACCCGACCCUUACGUUCCGUCGAUCAUGCCGCGAGGGUAUCUGCGGAUCAUGCUCGAUGAACAUCAAUGGACUGAAUACAUUGGCCUGCUUGAGCCGUAUCGAACGUGACCCGGCAAAGGAGACCAAAAUUUACCCAUUGCCGCAAACAUACGUCGUGAAGGAUCUCGUUCCUGAUCUCACCCAACUGUACAAGCAAUACAAAGCCAUCGAGCCAUACCUGAAGCAAAAGACUCCCGCCCCCGAGCGUGAGAACCUGCAGACGAUCGCCGAGCGAAAGAAGCUCGACGGACUCUACGAGUGCAUUCUGUGCUUCUGCUGCUCGACCUCAUGCCCAAGUUACUGGUGGAACAGCGAUAAGUACCUUGGCCCCGCCGUCCUCAUGCAGGCAUACCGAUGGAUGGCGGAUUCGCGUGAUCAGUUUGGGGUUGAGCGUCGUCAGGCGUUGCAGGACCCUUUCUCGGUCUACCGUUGCCACACUAUCAUGAACUGCGCGAAGACAUGCCCGAAGGGCCUGAAUCCCGGACUGGCCAUCGCAGAGAUCAAGAAGCAAAUGGCUCUUGACGGAUAGAAAUCGUUUUUGCAUAGCUACCUAAAUCAAAAAGUCCCCUUUCGUUGCCAUAUACCAAACUCAGAAAACAACUAUUCUUCUUUCUUAUGGGAAAGGGACGCGCUUGUCUUGGUGUAUCGUUUUCGUCUUAUGCGUAAUUGUCUUCCACAUUUGUGGCAGACUGCCAAUAGUUACAGUGGGUACAAGGGCGCCGCAUAUAGUGUACAAGGGCGCCGCAUAUGCGACAAAUCGAUAAACGAGCCUCAUGCCCUCUCAUAACCCUGCAGCAUGCGGCCGACAGAGGCAGCAAGCUUUCCGCAUCUGUUCGUGACGUGCCGUUGAUGGUGUCCGCGGCGCCGGCGGGAAUUCGUUUCCUCCCACAAGCUGUGCACUGCGAACAUGCACCACACAUCCUCUACGCUCAUCCUCUCCCAGCAAUCCACCUCACCAACACAGAACCUCUCCUCAUCCUCACCCCAACGAUUAACCCCUCCCCCUCCCCCGGCUCCCCCUCGC